AUGGACAACGCACCGGUGAAGACAGAGCCCGAGGCUGUUGUCACCAUCGUCAAGGUGGAAGAGAGCAUCAACGACGAGACGAAGAGCAGUGUCGCAUUGCUUUCAGCGAGUAGCUGCAUGGUCUCCCCAUGCAACAUGCUCACGCGAUGCUGUGGAAAUCCGAACGCAGAUCCGACAAACUUAUUCGCCCCAUGGCGAUACUUAGUCCGGCCAUUCGAUGCAGUAGAUAUUGUUGCGGAGGUAGCAAAAAGGAAGGGAUUAUUUGACGAGAUCGAGGAGUGGGGCAGGAAGCGGCCCAGAUUCUGA